UAAGUUCUCGGUGAAUGUACAUAACUUAGCAUUUUUAUUCUUCUUGGGGCAUCCGAUCAUCCCGGUAAACAUAGGUGGGCAGCCCUUCAUGGUUCUUCUUGAUACAGGAGGAUGGACACGGUGGAUACCGUCGAGCAAGUCAACAUCUGUGGAAUUUGCAAAUAAAAAGAAAUACACUGGACAGGCAGAAACGAGCGUCUCAAUGAACGAAGAGUACGAAACUAGUUACUCUGGUGAGAAAUAUAAGGGGAAUGUGAUGAUAGAUCAGCUAUGGAUUGCGGGUCGCAUGAUCCCACAUUUUACGUUCGCUGAAGUCGUGGAGAGCUCUGGUGCCGUGGACGACAGAAAAGGAUAUGAUGGAAUAUUCGGGAUGAGGAGACCUCCAGAAAGUUUCGAAAGCUGUAAAUUUUUGAAAACUACAUUUUUGGAUUUUAUUAUGGAUGCCAAACUCGUGAAUGACGCUAUUUUUACUUUCCGGUUUUGCGG